GUGGUGAACAGUCUUUCGUCACAGCCCGUUCUCAGGUCCGAGAAAGCACGAGAUUUAGAAAAAUGGGUUGAGAGCGUGUCCUCAGCAGUCACCGUAGCAACUGUGGAUGUUGAAAUGGCGGACAAAACGGUGCACGGAGCUCUCACACAACCCGUGUUGGAGGUAGUGAAACCCGAGGUCACCGUGUCACCGGACUAUGAGGAUGAUUACAGCGAUGUCUUCAAGAAAGAGGCUGUGACCACUGUGAAGGAAUCCAAGACUCUGAGAGUUUACAGGAAGGCGUGCAAGCGUCUUGGUCUGGUGCAGCUCCGUACAGUUGUCGGCCAACUGGGCUCCAUAGACCUGUGCUUCCGGGACUUCGCCCUCUCCACCAAGGAGAUGAAGGCGCUGUGCAUGGCGUUGCUGUACGAGAGACAUAUGUGGCACCUUGACCUGUCCGGCAACACCGUAGGACGGAAGGAGUUCGAGUAUGUCCUUGCAGUCCUGGAGAAGAGGACCAAUGUUUGUGUGCUGGACUUGUCAAACAAUGAACUCUCGGGAACCGGUAUCCGUCAGUUGGCGGAUUUCUUGCGACGAUGUGACAACGUCACUGAUAUAGACAUCUCAGGUGAGACUUCUGUACACAAGGUUCGUUUGUCUCAGUCUGAGGUGUGCACAGUGGAAAACAACUCACUCAGUCGUCUCCGCCUCGCCCACAACGAGCUGAGAGAAGCUGGUGGGAAGAUCAUUGGUGCUGCAUUAGUAAAGAAUCGCCAUCUGGAAGAACUAGACAUGAGCUGGAACCACCUGAGGCAGAAGGGAGCCAUCAGUAUAGCUAAGGGCUUGGAGACAAACACAUGUAUACAAACUGUAAACCUGUCCUGGAAUGGAUUUGGAUUCGAGGGUUCGGUUGCCCUUGGUGAUAUGCUAAUGAAGAACAACACUAUUACGUCACUAGAUAUAUCCUCAAACCGAAUCAGUGCUGCAGCUUUACUGGAAAUCAUCAAAGGGUUAUCGAAGAACCGGACUCUCACGACGUUAAAGAUUGGCCACAAUCCUAUCACGGCCUCCUUCACCAGUGUCCUCCUGGAGGCGAUACUGAAGCAUCCUCACGGAGCAAUCCAGCAGCUGCACAUGGACGGCGUGGUGGUCGACAAGGAGUUCGAGGGUAUUCUCGAGAAGAUCCGGGAAUCUCGCUACCUGGAAGUGACGUACGAAGUCUCUCUACCAAUCACGAAGAAGACUCGCGAGGAGAUGAUGAAAGAGCUGCAGAAGCCCCAGGCGUAUAACAUCGACCCCCUGCACAUGUUGUACCUGCUGAAGGAGAAGAACAGAGCCCGGGACUUCUUCGAGAAGAUCAAUAAGGACAAAGACGACGGGCUGACGAGAGACGAACUCUUCCUGUUGUUUAAGGAAGCAGGACUGCCGUGCACGGUGUCCGUGGUGGACAAGAUCAUGCGGUUUAUGGACACUAAUGGAGACGGUACCAUCGACCUUGCGGAAUUCUUGGCGGGCGACAAGAAGAUAAAGAAGUACUCGCGGGAACACUUGAGGAACUCGCUGGCCAAGCAGGAAGACAGCUACGCCAAAUACUCUCGGACGUUCCGGAAGGCCAAGAUCGACCCUCUCACUCUUCAGGUGAAGGUGGAGGACACAUCCAAACAACUCUCGCCAAACACCCUACUGCCGCCCCCUACCGGCAUGCCCGGGUCACGAAGGGGGAGCACCGCUUCCAUGAGAGGGAACUGAAGGACAUGCACUUCCUGAUCGUGUCUGUUGUCAAGUGACCGUGAAUGUAUCAGCAAUAUUGACUGUAUUAGUGACCAACACAUUCACAAAGUGAAAGGAAGAGUAAGGGUAUACCUCAGCCCGACAAUAUUAAUGGUAUGUGCAUCACAGGACACGUUGUUGCGUGUGUUAAUCCAGACAGCCAAAUGAUGGGUAUGUCUGUUGACGAAAGUGGCAAUUAAGUAAGGUGAAACAUCAUAUAGUGCAGACAGGAAGGUUUCUUGCCCACAAAAGGAGGGUGGGAGGGUGCACAAUCUGCAGUCACAAUUCAAAGGGCGCUAACUCUUACUUCCUAAUCUGGAAGUAAUAUUAGUUACAGAGUUAUCUCCCACUCGAUUCGUCUCCGUAGAAGAGAUUCUCAGCCUUCGCUUGGGGGACUCGUGUACAGUGCACAUGAUUAUCAACGUGAACGAUUAUAAUGAUUCAAUGUCUCAGGUAUCUUUGAAUCAAUGUUUAAACCUAUUCAACACGGAAUAACCUGUCAUCAAAAUCGCCGUAGCGUUCUGAGAACUAUAUGCGGCAGGAUUUGGCGUGACAGGGUUCAGCGACGAUUCAUAUAUCACCACUCCAUUGCUGACUUGUAGGUAGCGGAAUUAGCCGAGAUUCCCGGAAUGUGUACGACCAUUCCGAUAUCACACGCACAUUUCUUUACCCAGUGUUUCUUGGGGACCGGUUCGGGUAUAAAUUCCACUCAGGGCAGACU